CUCUCCCCCAUCUUCGAACCCAAUGACCCCCUCCACCCCCACCGAAUCGCAUUGGCGAUUCUCCACCGUAACAGGCUACUUCUACCAAAGCGAGCCCUCCACCGACCCCAAUACCUUCAACUACGCAUCCUCCAACUUCGGCCUCAUCCCCCGCGCCUACCCCACAGACGCAGACCUAGGGCCCAACAGCAACAACCAAAAAACCACCUGGGAGCGCUUCGCUCACCACGUGCGCACCCUCAACGCCCAAUCCACUGACCCUAAUGUCCGUUACAAGGUACUCUUCCUCGGCCGCCACGGAGAGGGCUACCAUAACGUAGCGGAGCGGGAGUACGGCACGGAGGAAUGGGAUAAACAUUACUCCCUCCUCCCCGGCAACGGCACAAGCAACUGGGUCGACGCCCGUCUCACAGAAGUGGGCAAAUCCCAAGCGCAAACCGCGCACAAUACCUGGAAACAGCAACUCAAGGAACAUAUCCCCCCUCCGGAGAAAUUCUACGUUAGUCCGUUGAAUAGAUGUCUUGAGACGGCGUGGAUUACUUUCGUUGGGACGGGGAUGGAGGGUACGGAGCCGUUUAGGCCGGUUGUUAAGGAGCUCCUCCGCGAAACCAUCGGCCAACACACCUGCGACGGCCGAUCCAGCAAAACCGCCAUAACGACUGAAUACCCUACCUACAUCAUUGAAGAAGGCUUCGCCGAGAACGACGAGAUGUAUGAUGCCGAGCUCCGGGAAUCUGAUUCCGCGCGGGACAAGCGCUUCCGUGAUCUGAUGCAGGAUAUCUUUUCCACGGAUGAGGAGAAGGUGUUCUUGUCGUUGACGGCGCAUUCCGGAGCGAUUACGAGCCUUUUGAAUGUUUUUGGGCAUCGGAGGUUUUCGCCGCUUGAGACCGGCGGUGUUAUUCCGGUUUUUGUUCGUGGGGAGAGAGUCCCGGGGCCGUUGCCGGUUAUGGAGGUGGAGCCUUGGUUUGGGGUUCCUAAGUGAUUUGUCUAGACAUAUCAUAGUUUGUGUUGUGUGUGGAUGCUAUGCAUGUAUAGAGAGAAAGGAACUUGAGAAGUAUAUAGAUGAUUGAUAGAUAUUGUAUUGUACAUUGAUUCUUGGAUCGAAGCAACCCUCAUCAUACACGCACGUUAAG